AUGGAAAGCCAUGGAAUUGCAAGAUACAUGUUGCAUAAUGUUCACAUGUUACAGCUUUCUGGAGGCGGUCUCAACCUACAAGCCUUGAGUGCUCUGGCUGCGUUGUUCAAUCCUGGAGUUCAGGUUCAGCAACAGAAUCUGUUAGGAAUGCUAGGCGGAGUGCUAUCGGCAUUGGGUAAGCUGACGGAAGGGGGUUCCGGUGCGGUAAAUACAACCGCAGCCGGUGCAGUAAGUGGCAACCCGACUGCACUAAUGCAGAACGGGCACAGCGCUGCUGGCAAGGCACAGCUAGGUAAAUGGUGAAC